AUGAAAUCCACACCGGAGGAGGAGGAGGAGGCUCCUGGGGACCUGGUAGAAGUGAUGAGACUUCCUCUCAUAAUGUGCAACUUGCCUGAGGAUGGCUGUCUUCAAAGCAGGAGCACCAGUUUGUACAAGGAUGGAGAUGUGUUGAUCGGGGGUUUCUUCUCCUUGUACACUUGUUUUUACUUCACUGGUAUGUCUCAUAUAAAACCCAGCAAGGACUUCAUUAUCAUAGAGCUUAUGUCCUACAAUUACCAGAAUGUUCUAGCCUUCAUUUUUGCCAUCGAAGAAAUCAACAGGAAUCCUCAUCUUUUACCCAACAUAUCUCUGGGAUAUGAUUACCAUAAUUUACUUUACAGUUACUGGAAAUUAUUAGAGAGUGUCCUCAUGUUAUACACAGGACAAAAAGAGACACCUAACUAUAGCUGUGGGAGAGAGACUAAGUCCAUAGCAUUGCUAACACGAUCACCAUGGGUAAUUUCUUCUCAAAUCGGAUCAUUGCUUGAGCUCUACAAAUUUCCACAGCUUACCUUUGGCACUUUUGAUCCUGAGUUCAGUGAAAAUGGCCAGUUUCCUUCUCUCCAUCAGAUGGCUCCAAAGGAUGCAUUUCUGGCCCUUGGAAUGGUUUCCUUGAUGCUUCAUUUCACCUGGACCUGGGUGAGACUGAUCAUUACAGAAAGCCAGAAUGGUUUUUGGUUUCUCUCAGAUGUGAGGGGAGAGAUGGACAGGAAUGGAGUUUGUGUACCAUUUGUAAAAAUGAUUGCAAAUGCUUUUGUAUCCUACCUCUCAGUUACAAUGCUGCAAGAUUUCCUGACUAGGGAAAUGCCACCAGUAAAUGUGGUUAUUAUUUACUAUGAUACUGAUAGUCUAAAUCAUAUCAACUAUCAGAUAGGGGUACAUUUAGUGACAUGGAGAGUCUGGGUCACAAACUCUCAAUGGCAUGCUGACAUGGCUGGGAGAAAUUUCGUCCUUGAUUCAUUCCAUGGGACUCUCAUUCUUUCACACCUCCAUGAUGAAAUUUCUGGUUUUAAUAAGUUUAUCCAGAUAGCUACCCCCUUCAAAUACCCAGAAGACACUUUUCUCACUCUGUAUUGGUUCCAGAAUUUCCACUGCUCAUUCUCUGAUUCUGACUGUUCGCUGAAGGACUGUACACCUAAUGCUUCUCUGGCAUGGCUGUCUGUGAAUCAUUUUGACACAGCCAUGAGUGAAGGGAGCUACAACACAUACAAUGCUGUAUAUUCGGUGGCCCAUGCCCACCAGAAGAUGCUUGCUCAACAAAGCCAAGCACUACUAAUGGGAAAUGGGGGCACUAUGGUGUUCUCCCCCUGGCAGCUGCACUCCUUCCUGAAGAACCUCUGGCUGAAAAAUUCCACUGGAGAACUAGGGAACUUAGACACAAAAAAUAAAACAGAUGAAAAGUAUGAUGUUCUCAACUUGUGGAACUUUCCAGAAGGCCUUAGACUUAGGAUGAAAGUUGGAGGGUUUUCCCCUCAUGCUCCACUUGGUCAACAGCUGUCUGUAUCUGAGGAGAUGAUAGAGAGGGCUGCAGGAAUUACUGAGACUCCGCGCUCUGUAUGCAGUGAGAGCUGCAGUCCUGGAUUCAGGAAAUCUCCUCAGGAGGGAAAGCCUACCUGUUGUUUUGAUUGCACCCCUUGCCCAGAGAAUGAGAUCGCCAAUGAAACAGACAUGGAGCAGUGUGUGAUGUGUCCAGACCAUCAGUAUGCCAGCAUUCAGAGAAACCACUGCCUCAAGAAGUCUAUGACUUUUCUGGACUAUGCAGACCCCUUGGGGAAAACACUGGGAGGAUCAACCCUGAGCUUCACUAUUAUCGCAGCUCUUGUUCUUAGCCUAUUUGUGAAGCACCAAGACACUGCUAUUGUCAAGGUCAACAACCGGACUCUCAGUUACAUCCUGCUCAUCUCUCUCACCUUCUAUUUCCUCUGCUUCUUUCUCUUCAUUGGCCAUCCCAACACAGCCACCUGUAUCCUCCAGCAGACUGCAUUUGGAGUUGUGUUCACUGUGGCUGUUUCCAUUGUCUUGGCCAAAACUAUCACUGUGGUUCUUGCCUUUAAGGUUACUGCUCCUGGCAGAAGGAUGAGACAGUUGCUGGUAUCAAGGGCACCUAACUACAUCAUCCCCAUCUGCUCCCUCAUCUAACUCACUCUCUGUGGAAUCUGGAUGGGAACAAAUCCACCCUACAUUGACACAGAUGCUCACUCUGAACAUGGCCACAUCAUCAUUGUGUGCGACAAGGUCUCUCUCAUUGCCUUCUACUGUGUCCUGGGAUACCUAGGCUCACUUGCCCUGGUGAGCUUCACUGUGGCUUUCCCGGCCAGGAACCUGUCUGACACCUUCAAUGAAGCCAAGUUCCUGACCUUCAGCAUGCUGGUGUUCUGCAGUGUGUGGGUCACCUUCCUCCCUGUGUACCACAGCACCAAGGGGAAGGUCAUGGUGGCCAUGGAGGUCUUCUCCAUCUUGGCCUCCAGUGCAGGGCUGCUGGGCUGCAUCUUUGGCCCCAAGUGCUACAUUAUUUUGUUAAGGCCAGAAAGAAAUUCUACCAAUAAACUUAAUGAGGAAAAAAUAAACUCAUCAAGGAAAUUGAAAGGGAAGCAA